CACCUUCAGAACCACUUCCACCCCUUGUGCUCCUCCCAGAAAGCCACUCCCGGACCACUCUCAGGAAGCAGCGGCCAUGGGUCACUGCCACCAGGAUAUCACGUGGGCGCAACACCGGAAGCCUCAGGCGGCACUGUUAUAUAGUAGUGCCAAGGCGUGUGCGUACCAGACAGAACUCCUAAGUGCUGAAGACAUGGCACAGUGUUGGUGGAGCGUCGCGGUGGUGGUAGUGGCGGUGGUGGUGGCGGCGCCCGGCGCGACGACAGAGAGAACCGAGGCGUGCCAUAUAACGCCCUCAGACACUCCGGGCAAGAUGGACGUCUCCUGUGACUGCAUGCAACGCCUGGCCAAGGUGGACGUGUCUGUGUCGACGCUCACCAUCAACCAGACGGGGUGCGCACGCCCCGGCCUGGAGGUGGAAUGGGGCGAGCUGGAGGCCGAGGUGGCGCCCUCCACACUGGUGCUGGUGGACGCCCGCGUGUACUUCACUCAGCAGCCCGUCCCCCCGACUCGGCCAGCCUCCAUCACCGCAGUGCACUUCAUCAACUGCUCCUUCGUGGAGCUGCCAGCCCACGCCUUCCAGGGCCUGCAGCAGCUGAGGGAGGUACGGCUGUUAGGCGGCGCUGCGGCAGUGGUGCGCCGAGGGGCCUUCACAGGGCUGCCACUCCUCCGCCUAGUGGAGGUGGUGGACGUCAGCCUGGCCGUGGUGGAAGGCGGGGCGUGGGCCAGCCUGCCGGCGCUGCGGGACCUCAUCUUGGCGCACUGCAGCAUCGGGAACCUGCACCCCCUGGCCGUCAACCUGAGCCGGACAACCACCGCAGAGGAGGAGGAGCAUGCGUGCGCUGCGGCGCGGAGCCCAGACCGUAGCCGUGUGCUGGAAGUGCUAUCUUCCCGUCAGGCAUCAUUCCGUGACACCAACAUGUCCUUGCCGGACUUCGGGUCUCAGCUGCUGCUCUACAACAACAGCAUCGAGGUGGUGCAGCAGCGCGCCCUCAGUGGCGACGCCUUCGGGUUCCUGAUCCUGGUGGACAACGUGGUGGGACACAUGGCGGCCUCAGCGCUGGACAUGGAGCUGCAUAGCCCCUGCGAGGUGAGCGCCGCCAUGUUGGUGGACAACACUCUGGCGGCCGUGGAGGACGGGACGCUGGCCGCGCUGCGGGGCAGACAGGGGGCGCCGCUCCGCACUUUCCUGGCCCUCAACAACAACACCUGGAGCCGCGCCACGCCUCACGCCUUCACGCUGCACGAAAACAUGCUCCUCUUCUCGGCGGCAGACAACACCUUCUCCUGCCGCUGCGCCGCUCUGCGCUGGGCUGCCACCGCGCCCACCACAGAGGUGCAGCAAGACUUGCAGGAGGCGCUGGUGGCGCACAGUGUCUGCCGCGACGGCUCCAGGCUGGCCGCCUUCCUAGCCACCUGCAGGGACAACCCUGUGCCCCGCCAACACACAUUGUACCCCGCCCACCAUCAACCCCCGACCCUCAACCACCCACACCCACAUCCCCUCACACCCAACCAACGCCACCACUACCACCACUACCACCUCACCCUCCACCACUCACACCCCGCCUCCGUCACACACCUCCCACACUUCCACUACAACCACUCCACCCUCCUCACCUUCCUGGCAGCUUAUGUGUUGCUGUAG